AGAGAGGGAGGGAGGGAGAGAGGGAGAGACGGAGGGAAGCUUGGGGUUGAACGCAUAGGUCGAUGAGUGGACUAGUGACAAGCACUAUAUAAGCUUGUGUCUACUGAACAAGAGAGAAUAAGAAGAGGAAACAGAAGACCGAUAAAUAGAAGCAAAAUCAGCCUCAACAGAACUCACCUAACAGAAACAACAAAAAACAAGGAAAACCAGCAGGAUUUGAAACACUCAUCAGAUCUGAGGUGGAACUCAGCUGACAAGGAGCCGGCUCGUUUCUGUUUAGUUUCAGCAAAGUGAAAAAAAAAUGCUCUGGAGGUUGAGUCUUGCAGUGGCCGUGGUGUGUGUAGGUGGCAUAUGCAACUGCGUGAAGGCUGAUGUGAUGAGCAGACUGAUCGUUCCGAGGGACUACGGGGUGAAACUGUGCGGGAGAGAGUUCAUCAGAGCCGUCAUUUUCACCUGCGGCGGCUCCCGGUGGAAACGCUCCAUAGAGGGAGACUUGGACCCCUUUCAAUGGAGUUCCACCAGUGACGUUACAGUGGAAGACAACCAGCAUAACUGGCAACGUGACUCAGAGUUCACAGACAGCCGUUCUCCUCUCCACGUUCCCUCCUCUUACUCCGUGGCGGACCUCCUGGCCCUUUACGGGGCGUUAGGAGACUGGCAGCAGCCACUGACUGACUCCAACCCACUGGAGAAGUCUCAGCAGUCCACAGUUUUAGGCAAGCAAGAAGGUAACCCAGCGGUUGCUGACUGGCCCAUACCCAGCAAGAAAAAGAGGAACUUUUCUCUGGGUGUGGCGGGUAUGUGCUGUAACCAGGGCUGUACUAAGAAUGAUAUCGGACGCUUGUGCUGA